UCACAACGGGGAUCUCUGGCAUCACAACAGGGUCCCGGCAGCCACGCCUGCACAGUUGCGGCAGGGUUGCAGGGCCGGGAUCGCCAUUUUUACUGAACAUCGGCUCGUAAUGGCAGCCAAUCCAAGAACAAUUACAGAUGUGCAAGCAACUAUUCUGUCUGCUCAUGAAAACUCUACGGUUGAAGAUAAAAUAUCAUUUUAUAAUACCUGGUCCAAACUCUAUGAACAGGAUAUGAAACUUCUGGAUUAUCAAGCUCCUCUCCUCGCUUCAACGUGUUUAGCGGAUGUAAUGCUUGAAGACCGUGAUCAGGCGCUGGUUCUGGAUGUUGCUUGUGGGACAGGACUAGUAGCUGCUCAGUUACAGAAACUUGGAUUUUGCAACUUCCAUGGACUGGAUGGCAGUGAAGAAAUGUUGCAUUUGGCACAGUCUAAAUCACUAUACCAAAGUAUCCAGAAAUGUAUCCUGGGUGCUGAAUCACUUCCACUGUCUUCAGAUAUUUAUGACGUCGUUUUGAUUGUCGGGGCGCUAAGUGGAGGGCAGGUGCCGUACACCACGAUUCGUGAACUCCGUCGUGUUACUAAGCCAGGAGGCUUUGUGUGUAUGACCACCCGGAGCAAUGUGUCAAAUCAGCUUUACAAGACACAACUACAAGCUUUGAUGGAAGAAAUGGAGCAAAAACGAUUGUGGGUAAAGGUAAAAGUACAAGAAAUAGAACUUUGGGAAAAGGCAACUUCUGAACUAGAAUCUAAAGGAGAUUCUAUCUACAUCCCUGGGACAAUCUAUAUCUACCAAAAAUCAAGGAUUCAAACUUAAAAUUGAAAUUAAGGAUUAUGAUAUGAAUGAAAACUGAGAACAUUGAAAAUAGAUUGUUUAUACUCAUCUGCUAAUUAGUAUAUUACUGAAAUAAUGUCCUGGGGCUGGAAUUAUUGACGUUUAUUUAUACAAGUUCAAAUGCAUAGAAAAUGGGGUUGUUGAAAGAGAAGUUUAUUUCAAUAAAUGUUCGAAUGUGUUUGCAUUAUUAGGUUGAUUCUUUUCACCAGAAUAUUAAUUGCCAAUGUUUUGAACUGAAUUUGGGAAGCAUGCUCCUAGAAAUAAUAACACUAAUAAAAAAGAAAAUCUGCUCUCUAUCCUA